CAAAUUAUUUGUCAAGUAAAUAAAAAAUUGAAUUGAAUCUGUGACCGUUGAAACCAUUUUGAAUUGAUUGCAAAAAAUAGAAUUACAAGAAAAUAGGUUUUUGCUGAAAACACACGAAAUACGACGACAUAUCAAAAUGUUUUCUUCACCUGCUGUACAAAUAUAUUUAUCAGAAAAUGCAGAAAAUAACAUUCAGAGGAAGCCCGUCCCCCAUCAACUAACUAGAAAACCUUUUAUUGACCGGUCCGUGAAUGGAAAAUCUCCAGCAGACAAAAUAAUGAAAUCAAAAAAUACCACGAAUAAAGAUCAUGUAUUUAAACAGAAAGUAUCACCUAAAGCUUCCCUGUCUCAAGUUUCUCCAAAAGAAGAUUUGAAUGGAGAAGACUUUAUGUUUUCUGGUAAAGAUGUGGAUGAUUUGUAUGAUGAUGUAUGGCCACCAUUACAUCUUGGAAAAGAAGGAAUCAUAAAGAUUUUGCGAGAUUAUUCAUUUUCAAAAAACUCACCUCCUCCCUCUGUCAAUUCUGAUUUUGAUUAUUUAGAAAUGGAACCAGUCAUAGAUUCUGAUUUUCUUGAAUUGGUACCAAAUAAUAUGUUUACUAUAGAUAUGCCAAUGUUGUUGGAUGAGAGUUUUGAAGUGGAAUUGCCUCAAAUGCAGAGUUUUGAGGACUUUGAUACAUCUUAUUGAAUAGUUUCAGAAAUGUUAGUUUUGCUUUGUGACUGAAAAACUGUUUCGAGUUUUAAUUUUCUAUGGGACAUAAAAAUUUGUUGGUUUUGUAAUAUAUCUUUUUGUAGAGUUCA